GCACAGGUUUUGAUAAAUCUCCCCUAUUACUAUGUUAGGCAAUAUUGAUGUGGAGUUUGUAUAGAGGUGGGGAUGGUGCUUUAGAAAGGAGCCUAAAAUGAUUGUCCAUCAGGCUCUGCAGAGACAAGUCAGAGCUGGGAGAAGUCUUCAUGGAGGUCCAGGCCAGAUGGAGAAGGAAAGGAAACAUGAACAACUCCGACCAGAAAAGACGUCGCCUAAUAUGGCCCUGCACCCUCGCCGUGUUCGUCUAAAGCCGUGGCUGGUGGCUCAAGUGGACAGCGGAAUGUAUCCUGGUCUUACAUGGAUAGACAGGGAGGCCAAGAGGUUUCAGAUCCCAUGGAAGCAUGCUACACGUCACAGUCCUCAGCAUGAAGAAGAAAACACAAUCUUCAAGGCAUGGGCUGUGGAGACAGGCAAGUAUCAUGAAGGAGCGGAUGACCCUGAUCCAGCCAAGUGGAAGGCCCAAUUGCGCUGUGCCCUAAAUAAGAGCCGGGAGUUCAAGCUCAUGUAUGAUGGCACCAAAGAAGUUCCUAUGAAUCCUAUCAAAAUCUAUGAGGUGUGUGACAUACCUCAGUCUCAAGGAUCAAUCAUUAACCCAGGUUCAACUGGAUCCUCACCAUGGGAUGAUGAUGACUAUGAAGAGGAAGAUAUAAACCAGUCUCAACUUCAUGUCCCAAUCCAAGAGCCAUUCAAUGGAUUAACUAUUAAUGAUUCUCCUAUGGCCCCUGCCAGCAUAGGAAGUUGCACUCCAGAGCCAAAUUGGCCAAAAUCAGAGCCACAAGAUAUGGAGGUCCCACAGACCCCUGGAGCAAUGGAAUUUUUUAACACUCCUGAGUUGUGGAUUAGUUCUCUCCCAAUGACAGAUUUAGAAAUCCAGUUUCUGUACAGAGGGAAAGAGAUUGGCCAGACAAUUGUCAGUAACCCCCAAGGGUGCCGACUAUUCUAUGGAGAUCUGGGUCCAAUGCCCAAUCAGGAAGAGCUCUUUGGCCCCAUAAGUCUUGAGCAGGUUCGGUUCCCUGGUCCAGAUCAAAUAGUCAAUGAGCGGCAAAAAUUGUACACCAGCCGCCUUCUAGAUGUCAUGGACAGAGGCCUUAUAUUAGAAGUGAGCGGACAUGCCAUCUAUGCCAUAAGACUAUGCCAGUGCAAAGUAUACUGGACAGGACCUUGUUCUCCUUCUCCACAUGCUCCGAAUUUGAUUGAGAGACAGAAGAGAGUGAAACUUUUCUGUUUGGAGACAUUUCUAAGUGAACUCAUUACACAACAGAAAGGAAGUGGAGCAAAGCAGCCGCCAUAUGAAAUCUACUUGUGUUUUGGAGAGGAAUGGCCUGAUGGUAAACCAAAGGAGCGCAAACUUAUCAUUGUUCAGAUUAUUCCAGUGGUGGCCCGGAUGAUUCUUGAGAUGUUUUCUGGAGAUGCCACUCGCUCCUUUGAAAGUGGAAGUGUUCGUUUGCAGAUUUCUGUUCCUGAUAUCAAAGACAACAUUGUUGCCCAUCUCAAACAGCUUUACCGCCUUUUACAGAACCACCAAGCCCCCGAUGGCUGGCCAGUUAUGCACCAAAAUGUGCAGCAACCAAAUAUGCCACAACCAAAUCUGCAACAAGCAACUAUGCAGGCACCAAAUCUGCAGUCACCAAACCUUCACAUGGCCCAGGCACUACAAGCUCAGUGAGAUCACAUUUGUAGGACCUUGAGGACUGUCUCAGGGGAAUGUGUUCACCUUAGUGGCUGGACUAUUGGGGCAUAGAGUACUCAGACUUAAAAUUGUGGCCUAAAAAAAAAAGUACUUCACCAAUCAUAUUCGCCCUUGAGAAGAUAUGGAGUCUGUAAAUAAAUGCAGCCACAUUGCGUCUUCUGUUUUCGUGUGCACAAGUCACUUACCUAAUGCUUAAAAUAGUACAUACUCAAAAUAUCAGCAUUUUAUAUAAAUAUCAUAAUUUUUUUUUAUUUUAUUGUAAAUGUUUUAAUUCUCCAGAUAAUAAGCAUCAGAAUAUAUAUCUAUUGCCCCAGGUGCCUCGAGAAAGCUGGAAUUUCUAUGGCAUAUGCAACAAUAAUAAUCUCUCGGUAGAUUUCAGCAGCCAUGUAGUAGUCAAUACUUUUCUUUUUUUAUUUAUUUAUUUUAGUUUUUAUGAGUUCAUAUAAGCCAAUUAUAAUCUUUUACUAAUGACUGAAAUCUGAAAUAAAAUCGAUGCUUUGUCAUGACAUUUAAUCUCAGUACAAUCUUGGCUGAAUAUCAGGCUUUUGUAUAAAAUUACUUCCUAAAUUUCUACCUGCCUUUUUUAUUGUUUUAUUUUGUAAAAAGUAAAUUUUCUUAUUGAUAACUCAGUUGCGUGAUUCUGUAUUUUUCUAGAAACUGCUUCACCGUUUCAGGUGACAACAAUAUGACUAAUACAGUUCCUU